AUGGAGGGCGAGGGCUCCUGGCGCUUCCUCUACGACUCCGACAGCGAUGACGAGCUCCUCCGCUUCGCCCGAGGGGACACGGCCGUGCCCGCUGAGCGCCAGCAGCAGCAACAGGUUCUGGCGGCUCACCACGACGGCCAGCCGGCCUAUCCGCAAAUGAUGGCCGGCUUGCCAUCGGCGUCGGCAAUGCAACUCGAUCACCAUCAGGCGCCUCCCAUGGUCCACGUGCAGCAGCCUCAACCGGCGCCGGCGAUGGCAUUCCAGCCCCGGCAGCCGCCUUCCAUGAUACACUCUCGGUACCCUCAACCAGCGCCGGCGAUGCCACUCGAGCAUCAACAGAUGCCUGGCGAAUCGCCGGCAACGGUGCUAUUCCAUGACCAGCACAUGAUGGGCGAGUCGUCGUCGGCGAUGCCACUCCAUCACCAGCAGAUGCUAGUUCACUCGCCGGCCACGAUGCAACCCCAACACCAGCAGAUGCAAGGCCUAAGCGAGCCGUCGCUGGAGGUGAUGUCGACACUCGAAUACCAGCGGAUAAUGGCCGAUUUGGGUCUCACUGACCUCUACGUAGAAGACGAAGAAGUACACCUCCCUGGCGAUGGUGGCGCCGCCAGCAUCCCGGACCCGGAGCCUCUGGUGUUGGAGUCUGGCCUCCACAACGACCAAAUACCGAAGCCAUCACAGAAAGGUGGCGAGGGCCAGUUCUUCGCCGCCGCGCCGCAGCCAGGCGACUAUUUGGGUCCCAGUGGCGCCGCCAGCAUCCUGGACCCGGAGCCGGCGGUGACGGCUCCGGUGGUGGCACCAGCGCAGCCAGAGCAAGGAUCGUGCGAACACUGCUAUGUCGUCAGAGAGGUCAGGAACCACAGCGCAUUAGGGCCGGUGACCUUGUCGGUGCACCGCGCGACGGACGGAACAUACACGCACAUUAUCUUGGAACUCAAAGGCACGGCCGCCCAAGGUCCAAAUUCCGGCACCCAACGAAUUUACAGGUGCCUGCGUGACCUCACGCCCGAGUCGGCGCCUGAGUAUGUCGAGUCCUGCAUCCACAAGAUGAGGAACAAAGCCGGUCCGCUGGAGGACGUCAUCGGCGGCGGCGCCGCCGCCGCUAGCUCUACCAUGAUCCGCGCUCGUCCGGGGGACCCGGGCUCGCCCUGGGCGCCAGAGAGGGGCAUGCGGCGGCCUGCACCGCCUACGCCGCCCACCGAGCAAGAGGAAAAGGAGACGCGGAGGUACCUUCGUGAGGCCGCAGCCAUGGCCGUGAGGGAGCUGGGAUCGCUGGCCUCCGAGGUCAGGAGCGUCCGCAACCAAAGAGCUCCAGACAGUAAUAGUCGCAAAGUUCUAUUUAGCAGGCUAAGGGAACUCAACCAUAAGAUCAAGAGAUUCGAGAAGGACUCAGCCAAGCGUGUGGGGAGUGAACUGUCCAAGAUCAGGAGGGAGGUGGAUGGCUUUGUGAUGGAGAAAAGACAACUGUACGAUAUGCUUAAGGAGCUGAUGCAGAGGGUGACCAAGAACUGCCACCGUCCCCCUCCCUGCGGAAAUGACGAUCAGGCCGGUGGCAGCGGCGCCGCUGGUGCUGCCGUGUCGUAAGAUGAUAGUAUCUGCGAUAAUCGUAGGAACACUUUCUACUUCUAUGUAUCCAUGGUGUGUUCUAUUUACAUUUAUGUAAUGAACAUGUAUGUCGUUGUUGUGGACGUAAUAAUAAACAUAUGUGUAUUCACGGUGUGCUAUUUAUUUAUGUAAUGGUCGUAGUAGCAAUUUUUACUUGUAUGUAAUAAACAUGCUUUAUCAAUUAACAAUAUGAUAAACAUAUGUUGUGGUUGUA